CAAAAAUGUACAAUUAUUUAUAAUUAGUUGUCUACAUAGGAUACUCAAUAUCUGUUGGGCAGAUACCAUCAGCAAUAGGCUUCUAUGAGAGAGGACAAAAAAACUUCCAGAUGAAGAGGAAAAUCGGAAAAGACGUUGGUCAUGGAUAAGAUAUACAUUGUGGAAAUCACCAAACUGCAUCACGAAGUAAGCUUUAACUUGCAAUGCUGAAAGGGAAUUGAAAAGAGGAAGAUCGAAGAAUAUACUACUUUGUGAAUUAGAAGCAAAUAUGAAAAAGAUGAAUAGCAACUGGAAAUAACUGGAAAGUAUUGUCCAUGACUGAGUUGGUUGGAGAAUGCUUGUGAGUGUCCUAUGCUUCUCCACAAGGAGUAACAGGCGUAACACAUCACUAUGUCUAUUGUGCGCACAACCUAUUCAGGCGCGUUUAUGAAAAGUUUACAACCUUUCGCUAUACGGGAUACAAGAAGGUACAAUCAGAGACAUCAUGGUUGCUGGCAAUAUGCAUUGAAACAAAUGAACAGUAAUCAAAUGUGGAUUACCAAACUUCUAACAUCUAACUGGUCAUCAUUCAAAAUUUAUCGUCACAAUCGAUCAAGCACAUCAUUGUCUAUUGUGCACACAAUCUAUUCAGGCGCGUUUAUGAAAAGUUUACAACCUUUCGCUAUACGUGAUACAAAAAGGUACAAUCAGCGACAUCAUGGUGGCUGGCAAUAUGCAUUGAAACGAAUGAACAUUAAUCAAAUGUGGAUUACCGAACUCCUAACAUCUAACUGGUCAUCAUUCAAAAUUUAUCGUCACAAUCGAUCAAGGUAUAAGACAAGGAAACUUGUUGAAAUACUUUAUGCCGAGAAUUCUAUGUUGUACCAAAAAUAUAAUGUUGAAUAAAGCUUCUAAUAAUA